AAAAUGUCAGAUUGCGUGUUUUCUUUCGUCACUUUUAAAAAGAUACUCGUUUUUAGGUUUUUCUUUGCGACAUGGCGAAAAUCGUGCUUGUUACCGGCGGAAGUGGGUUAGUAGGGAGUGCUAUUAAACAAAUCAUCGAGAAAGAGAAUCCAAUCGAUGAGAAAUGGGUGUUUUUAAGUAGUAAAGAUGGAGAUUUAUGCAAUUAUGAAUCGACGAAGAAAAUCUUCGAGAAAUACAACCCAACCCACGUCGUUCAUUUAGCUGCGAUGGUCGGAGGAUUAUUCCACAACAUGUCUCAUAACUUAGAUUUCUUUCGAAAUAAUCUUCACAUGAAUGAUAAUAUUCUCCAAAUUAGUUAUGAAUUUAAAGUGAAAAAGGUUGUUUGA